GCGAACUCCGGCGUGGAAGGACGGUUUUGUGUUUCUUGUGAACUAUGUUCCACGCUUAACAACUCGACAUCUAAACUCACUUACAUGAGAUCAUGAAAAAGGGAUGACGAAAGAUCGAUGAACCUCGUGGUGUCGCGACGCUGUCAAUCGAGACAAAAUCCAAAAGUUUGCAGAUCGAAUGCAGUGAAUCAUGUCGCAAUCAAGACGUUCCAGUAUUUCCAUCCACGAUUAUCCGGAACAUUUAAAUCCAUUCAACGAUGACAUCACCAGUACACAAUCUUACUUUUACCGUGAUGGAAAGGCAAAAGAUUCGAAACAUAAAUUCUGGACAUUUGGCAGAAGUAGAAAGAAGAGAUCAAAUAGUUUUUCUAUUAAGUCCACAUGGAACGGAUUGUUCGGCAAACGGAAAGAUGACAAGUUAGAAAUUCAAGAAAAGAAGUCCACAAUCACCACAGUUUCGUCAACUUACAAAAGAGAACCUUACGUUAAACCAAUACCAUCGUCACGUAUAACGAAGGAUCAACAAGAAUUUGAUGAAGCUCUUGGAACUUUAGCAAGAAGAAGAAAAUAUACAUUAGAUAAUUCCGCAUCAAGAUACAGUUCGUCUUUGACUGUUAAUGGUGAUCCUGCAAGACUCUAUGAUGGUAGUCCGCAGGAUACUACUACAUCUAUUAUGGGUGAUCUUACACCGAAACCACCAGCACGAAGAUUUGGCCAAAUGAGUCCAAAACCAACAAGUAAAAUACCACCGUUGGAUUUCGAAAAUGAAAGUCCGAAGGAAAACGGAAAUGUAACUCUUCGUGAAAAAACUCAAGAAAGAACGCCAAUUCCCCCUUUGCGAAGAUUCGGUAACAGAUCAUCACAAAGGACAAACGCAACUCUGGAUUCAGAGGAAGAAGUGAAUCGUUCAGGUGAUAUGGCAUUGUGUGAUGAAAACGAAAACGUAUCCGGGGAUUACAUGUUUAAAAGAUACUCUCAGGAUGCAAUUAGAAAAUCAAAUCUUUCAAUAAAUAGUUGUGUUUCAAUCGGAAGUACGAUGAGUUCAUAUGGUCGUAAAAAACGAAGAGCACCACAACCACCACGACGUUCAGAAAAUAUAGAAACAAAUGAAACGGUUCAUGAAGCAUCUAACAUAAAACUUCAAAUAGUGGAACCAAUUGAUAUAACGAGAGUUACUGAGAAUAUAGACGAUUUGACGAAAAAGAGUAAAAAUUUAGACCAAGAAGUUAAUGAAGAAAAAGAAAAUUCAAUUUUGAGUUCCAACGACGUAUCAUCUAAAAAAACAGAAGACAGUUUAACAAAAAUUAUAGAAACUAAUGCAAAUAUGCAAAAUAAAGAGAAAACUUGCAUUGAGGAAAAAUCUAUAGAUAUGGAACAAUUAGAAUCAAAAAUUUCGCUUAUAGAAGACUAUAAAGAAUCGGAAAAAGAUUUUGAGCAAUCUAAGAAAGAGGAAGAAGAUAUUCAAGUCGAAUAUUGCAGAACUUCUCAGAAAAAUAUAGAAAUAAUUAAAGAUAUAGAUCAAACGAAUUCAUUAGAAUUAGAUGAUAUCUCUCUUCGAAGGAAAAGUUCUUCAAGCACAUUAUCCAGAAAUGACAGUUUUUCUGUGAAAGAUGAGAUUGAAAAGAUAGAGAGACAAAUAAAAGCUCUGGAAACAAAGAAUGCUUCUAAAAACUGUUCGGAAGAAAAGAAUAUAAGGAAUUCGAUUCAAGAGAAUCGUAGGCAUUUUUUUCAAAAUAUGGUCGAGACCGAUAAUGAUAAAGAUCCGAUUAAAAUAGAAUUUAAAGAAUUUCCGAAAGAACAAAAGGACAUUCAUGUGGUAAGACUAAAUGAUUCACCUAUUUCCGUAGUAGCUUCUCGAGAGCCGGUGAAAGUUAUUGAGCUUCAUAUUUCUGAACCUAUAAGACAAAAGCCAGAAAUACUCGAAGAUGUGAAUCCAAUUCCAAAACCCAGGAGGCAUAGUGCUUUAAAUCUAAAUGAUUCUCAAUCAAACAUAACUCUAAAUAAUACUAAAAACUUUGAACCAAUAAGAGGGAAAUCUUUGUGAAUAUUAUUUUUAAUGAUAAAUUCUUGUAAGAAAUUGUACAAUCUUUUUGAUCUUUAAAUUAAAUAGAAGAAUAUCCCUGUUAAUUUUA